AUGCAAGAGAUUGUAAAGCUUGAGACUCUGUUUCGCUCUUGUGGGGGCAGCCAGCAAGUGACCAACCUCCUUCAAAAGAUCAAGAAGGUUACUUCUGAAUUCGAAGGCAAAACUGGACACCCUUUGAUUAACUUUCAAGCCCCAGAAAAAAUUAAAUAUCCUGGUAGAAGAAAGGGUGAUGCACGUCCCAAAUACCUUCCCAAAGACUUUGGUCAGGCAAACUGGAGGAAGAUCAGUGCUGGCCUUAAGGCAAUGGUUAGGUUAAGAGCUAGAACAAGAGAUGGAAAGCCUGCAGCUGCACAAAAAACAAAAAACAACAAAAAACAAAACAAAAGCAAAAAAGAGCCUCUCAACCUAAUCGAUGCUACCAAAAACAAAAUAAAACAAAUUAAAAAAGAGCCUCUCGACCCAGUCGAUGCCACAAAAGAAAUAGGGUUUAAAAGACCCGCUACAGCUCAAGAAGAUUACCAAUAUGACUAUCACACCUCUGUUGGCAAGAGGGUUAAAUUCCAGCCCAGUUUUCCUGUCUCUCAUGAGAUAGUUGAUGACGUUAAGGGUGGGUUUAAUCCUACUGCUGAUGGAUGGUGUGGCUUUUGGGUCCUUGCCCAUUUGAUCUAUAAAGAUCAAGAAAAGUUCCCUCUUGUGAAAAGAUAUAUGCUUGCUACCCUUCCAAAAUACAGCAGCAUUUAUGCCAGCACGUUUGGAACCGAUGUCAAGCAAUUAGAAGACAUUAUAAAGCAUGGUUCUGAUCUCUGUAUCACCAACCCCAACUCUAACUCCAACUUCAUCCCAGCGUGUUUAGAUGCAACUAGACAAUCUUUUUUUUACCUUUAUAAAUCUUAUCAAUCUGUUUCUUUGCGUCAACAUAAGCUAUCUAUCACUUGUGGGUUAAAUGACUCUCCACUCUGUUUUUUCAUAGAAAUCAUUUGUGGGAAGUACUUUACCCUACGAGUUACACAUAUAUCCAGCGAAUUAAAAAGCAUAAAUGUGAGAAUCACUUUUUUCUCAUUUGUUUUCUAUGAAACUUUUACUGGAUUUAUAUGUUAUCUGAAUAUAUGCAUAAAAGGCUUCAUUAUCUUUAUAUCCAUUAUGAAAGUUUUUGAAAAAAAUCAGUCACAGAUAUACUUUUUUAUAUGCAAGAUUAAUUAA